UUCGGAUCCACAACAAACUGGACUGGGGCUCCCGGGAUGUGCAGGUACCGCCGCGGUGAGCAUAGUGCCUGAGGAAAGUCGCACUCUAGGCGCUGCGUGCCCCGAACUACUGGCGCCGGGGGAGCGGCUCGGCGCAAAGGUCACUGGUGAUCUCUAGGAGGAGCCCAUGGCUGGGCAGGCUUCGGUGCCACCCUGUCACCCUUAAUCUGGAGCAUCAGCAUUCGGGACACGCCACCCUAAACCUAACUUCUCAGCAUGGGCGACGAGCACGACCUCCCUCCCGGUGCGGUGGACGUCUUCGAUGAGCGUCUCUACUUCGCCAUCCUCUGCGGCAAACCAAAGACCACUCCAAGUACACAUUAUUUCUCCAUCGACGAAGAGCUCCUGUAUGAAAACUUCUAUGCUGACUUUGGGCCUCUUAAUCUGGCCAUGCUGUACAAAUACUGCUGCAAGCUAAAUAAAAAAAUGAAGUCCUUCUCUCUGACAAAGAAGAAAAUCAUCCAUUACACCAGCAGUGACCAGAAGAAACAAGCCAACGCUGCCUUUUUAAUAGGAAGUUAUGCUAUAAUCUACUUGAAAAGGCUCCCAGAAGAAAUGCACAAAAUUUUGCAGAUGGGAAACGUGACUUACCUUCCUUUCAGGGACGCCUCGUUUGGUACCUGUAGUUUCCAUCUAACACUACUGGACUGUUUCCAUGCUGUACACAAGGCUUUGCAGUAUGAAUUCUUUGAUUUUAGGACCUUUGAUCUGGAGGAAUACCAGCACUAUGAGAGAGCUGAAAAUGGAGAUUUCAACUGGAUAAUUCCACAGAAAUUUCUAGCUUUCAGUGGCCCCCAUCAGAAAAGUAAAAUGGAAAAUGGAUACCCUCAUCAUGCUCCAGAAGCAUACUUCCCGUACUUCAGAGAACACCACGUUUCUACAAUUGUGCGCCUGAAUAAAAAGAUGUACGAAGCAAAGCGGUUUACAGAUGCCGGUUUUGAACAUCAUGAUCUAUUCUUUAUUGAUGGAAGUACCCCAAGUGACCCCAUAGUGAAGAAGUUCCUGAACAUCUGUGAAAAUGCAGAAGGCGCCAUAGCUGUACAUUGCAAAGCUGGUCUGGGGAGAACGGGUACGCUGAUAGCUUGUUACAUGAUGAAGCAUUAUAGAAUGACUGCUGCAGAAACCAUUGCCUGGAGCCGAAUAUGUAGACCUGGUUCUGUGAUUGGACCUCAGCAACAAUUCCUGGUUGACAAGCAAAUGAGUCUCUGGAACGAAGGCGACAUUUAUCGCAAAAAGAGGAAAGAGCAGGAAAAUGGCAACAAAGUAGCGGUAACAUUUAUUCUGUCUGGGGUGGAUGACAUUUCACUUCAUGACGAUCUGGACAAAGCCUCUGGCAAAGAAGACAUUGAACUGUACAGUGAUGACGAUGAGUCCAUUAGCGUGACACAGGGGGAUAAACUACGUGUCUUGAAAAGUAAGAGACAGACGAGGACAUCAUCUGCAGCUCCACUGUCAGUAAUUCUGCAGUCCAGUUUGCAGAAUCCCAGGUCAGAUUUAUCUGAGAGUUCAUGCAAUACAAAAAGGACAACCAGGUCUUCUACAGGAGGCAGCACACUGAGAGGCGUGAUUCCUGAGCGGAAGAAAAGGAUUGCUUUGCACCAAAUGCGCUUAAUGAAAUUAUGCCACACAGUCCCGCGGACUCGGACGGUGUUGCGGUAAAUAAAUCGUCAUUGGCUGGAACAGAAGAUUGCCUUUUCAGAAGGAUAUAAAGAAAUAUGGAGAAGAAUAUGGACUUCUCGAAGAAAAUGAAACCACAAUCUGCCUUCCAAAAAAAAAGAAACCAGAUCUUAAAUUAUGUUCUUCCAUUUUGCCUCCUCAUCAUCCGGAGAAGGAAGAAACCAGAUUAGUGGUUUAAAACACUGUAAAUUAUACAUUUGGUACCCAUUUUCUGUGGCAGUCCCAUGCAUGCAGCAGAUGAUGUGGCAUGUACACCGUGAUGGCAAUCAUUUCAUGAGAACUGAGCACUUCCAGGUGCUGUAGGACAUCUCCGUAAGAAUUCGUGCAGCACAUUCCAUUGUCUUUUCAGCCAACCAAUGAUGAAUCUCCUUGUUUUAAAAGGAGACUUUCCAUAUCUGUUAUCUGUUUUGUGUGAAUGUGUGUAUAUCUGAUGUAUAACUCGCAAUACCAAAGGGUUUCUCAGAAUCGCUGUGGAAGACAGAAGAUGGCUGGGCCAGGUCUCCUUACAGGAAUUCCAAUUAACUGGAAACUUUUAGUUCAUGUACAGUUUGAAAUUCUGAGCUAGUCUUCAAAGAAUGAGGAUCUUUUUAAAGAGAGACAGAAGUUUUUAUUCUUCCAGACGGAUGUUUUUUUUGUUUUUUUUUCAGCCAGCUUUACCCUUUUAUGGGGAAAGUAAUGUCCAAAAUGAAGUUUCAAAGGUUUUUGAACUGCAAAUUGUAAAAUAUGUUAAUGUUUGGGGUUUUUUUUUUUGGAUUUAUUUUUACAUUAUGACUUUUACUUCUGUGGCAUGAGUCUAAGACAACUAUGCUUCAGAUAUGUGAGCUUUUAGAAAGAAUUACACUGUAUGGAUUCCAGUGAGUGUUGUCCCUUUAUAUCUAAUCAGAAGGUCUGAACACAAUAACAUUUUGUUCAGUCUCGUACAACUUUCCAAACCUACACAAAUACAAAAUUCCGUCCCUGAGAACGCUAUCGUUAGAGGGGCAGUCCCUAUUAUUCAGAUGCAGUUUUGCAUCCAUAUUGCAGAGGCAACCUCAGGAUCUGGGUGUUAAACUAACAAUAUGGAUACAGUAAUGACCAUGUAGAACAGCUUUGUGAAACAGCCUACAGGCCCUUAUACACAUUAGUGUAUUGUCAGCCGAGAACGACAGGUUUGGCUGACAGUCUAAUGUGAGUGGGGAGCUCUCAACUGUUCCCCCGAUAAAUGAUGUUGGGUAGAGAAGUGAAUAUUUUUCACCCAAUCCUUUUUGUUCUCCCUGAAGGUAAACCAUUGCCAAAAGUAUCUGGCAGCAGGCUUCUCUCCCCAUUGAAUACACAUUCAGCCAAGCCAA